AAUGUUGAGAACCGCCAACAACUUGCAGAAUUAUAUAAAAAAGAGGUGAUACGUGUAUAGAUUUUUGAUUGCAAUUGGAACUGUUCAACACGGAAUUGCAGCAAUGUUGGCACCGGCUCGCAGGAUAGCUCUCUCCAGCUACAAGGCUGCUGCGCCCCGCACGGCCAUCACGGCUCGAUGCAUCAAGCCCGCAACCACCCAUGUAGCCAAGCGUCACUUCCAUAAGACCCCGGAAACUGCUUUCUACAAGGCCUUAUGGCAGUCAAUGCGAGUCAAGAUACCUUGGGUGGAUGCUUUGGCCCAGAGUCGUAAACAAUCAAAAGCCGGGGAACCCAUUACGUUUCAGGAUGAGGAGCUUGCAAAGCCGGACCUUACGCCAAAGAGAAUGUCUGAUAGCUACUUUGCUGCUGUUCGUUAAUCCUUGUUCAGGUUAUUGUGGCUUUGCACUAAUCGAUAUGUUAGACAAUUCCUCUUGCUGAAGACAAAUGGCUUUUGGACGAAUAUCUGAAUGCCUCUGGACGUAUUCGACUUGGUACACUUUUUAUGGAUUUGGAUGCUCUAGCCGGCGUAGUAGCCUACAAGCAUACAGGUGAUACAGUAGCAACUGUCACCGCUGCAGUGGAUCGAAUCACGCUACUCAAUCCCUUGAAAGAGAUUUGCAAUCUUCAACUUAGUGGGCAGGUUACCUACGCGACAGGCAGAUCAAGCAUGGAAAUCUCUUUACAGGUCGCCAAGGCACCUGCUGAAGGCGAGAAAGUGAAAGAUGAGGAUGUUCUGAUUACAUGUGCUUUUACCAUGGUAUCAUUGGAUCCGAAGACGAAAAAGCCCGUUGCUGUGGCACCACUCUUGAUUGAAACGGAAGAAGAACAACGUCUUUUCCAGAAGGGUGAAGAGAACUACAACGCAAAGAAGGCUUUGAGGAAGAGGAGUUCUUAUGAACAACCACCUGAUCAAGAAGAGAGUAAUAUGAUUCAUUCUAUGUGGACGACGCAACGACCAUACAAGGUCCCCGGAACGGCUAUUCAACACUCACCACGCAUUCAAAACAUGGACCGGACAGUCCUAAGAUCAGCCAUGAUCAUGCAACCUGAAGACCGAAACAGACACAACUUCAUGAUCUUCGGUGGUUUCCUUCUGCAACAAACAUUCGAACUCGCCUUCUGCUGCGCCGCUUCUUUCUCCCAUACGCGCCCAAGUUUCGUAUCCCUUGAUCCCAGCACAUUCGAGAACCCCGUCCCCGUCGGAAGUGUACUCUACCUAAAAGCAACAGUAGCAUACACGGAACCUCUCGUGCGAACCGUCAAUGGAGAAGAAUCCAGUAAACGGACCCCUUACACCAAAGUGCAUGUCCGUGUAGACUCAAAGGUGCGAGAUGUCGAGCAUGCAACUAAGAACCCAACUGGCGUCUUCCAUUAUACAUUCUUGGUCCCCAAUGAAGUUCAGGUUAUGCCUACUAAAUACGCUGAGUAUAUGUUGUGGCUUGAUGCGCGUCGUCGCGCACACGAUCUUGAUCCGAUUAUUGCUUCGAGGUUUACGGAGGAUGAGACUUCGGCUCGUAUGGACGGCGUUACUGAAUAGAGUGUUGUUUUCUAUGGGAAGUUGGCGCAUACUGGUUACUACAUAUAGAAUUUUUGACUUUGUCCAUCUAGUUCAAUAUUUGUAUCUAAUUUUUGUUUCGCCUAAGCAGAUGGGUUAGGAGAUAUCCAAAUCUUAAUGCAGGAGUGCUUUUACUUCG